CAAAAAAAAUUAAUCUUAUAAUUUUUCCUUGAUGUAGCUGCAUCGUCUGCAAGCGAGAAGAAAACUGUGGAAUUUUUGCUCAUAACUUUGGUAAACAGAGUUUUUUCUCGGAAAAUAUUUUCCGGUUCAACUUACGGAUCAUGAAUCUGAACGAGGUUGUUUAUGUGGGCAAUGUACCCAAGCAAUCCACCGAUUCGGAGUUGAUCGAAUUUUUCAAAGAUGUCGGCACGGUAAUCAAAGUGUCGUUUAUGCGAGAAAAUCGAAACGACUGUCGGUCCAAGGUAGGUUUUGUGCUGUUCGAGAAUGAAAUGCAGGCGUUAAAGGCGUGCAGCUUCGACCAGACGAUUUUUCAGUGGAACCGUGUUAUCGUUAUGCUGGUUAACGAUGAACGGCAUUUUUUGGCCGGCCACACUGUUGCGGUCUAUAAUAUCUCCUCAGAAACAAACGAGGAAGAUUUGUACGAAGCGUGCGGUAGAUACGGAAUGAUCGAGGCUGUACAAAUUCCGACUAGUAAUUUCGCUUACGUUGGGUUUAAGGAAAAAUCAGCAGCUGUGGCAGCGCAGCGGCUAAACAACACAAACAUCGGAAAAUCACGAGUCAAGAUUUCGAUUAUGACGCGCAAUGUUCGAGUGCGAUUGGAAGAUUUGGACAGCUUCAAAACGCCGAGAGUAUACAAUGAACUUAUGGAUGCGAAAAUCAAAUACAAUCGUCAUAGACAACCUACGGUGAUGGCUCCAACUUCAACUGCAAUGUUCUACGAUGACGAUGAAGAGGAUAGCGAAGAUGACAGAAUCUAUGAUCCUAUAACCAAUCAGUUCUACGAUAAACCGAAACCUUCGAUGGAUAAACAAAAAUCUAUGGCUUACGACGAUUAUGACGACAUUGCUUUCGUUCCACCCCCAGCUCCGUCAACGUCUGUGUGGCCCAGUCAAAAUUUGGCUCCUACCACAUCUAUCGAUUUAGUUUCACCCAAUCAGUCUCCUACGAGGGAUUCGUUCGAUUCUCAUAACGAAGAUCUGGAAAGCGCACCGGGUGAAAUUCCUAGGCGCCUAGUAGAAUUUGUUAAUACCGGAAUCGUACCGAUAUCUAAAGCUGCUGUUAAAGUGGAAAACAUUCCCCGAGACGUGUACGAUGAAGAUGUGGUUAAAUAUUUCGAUGAGUUUGGUCCUUUGUUGAGUGUUGAGAUUGAAAAUUCGACUACUUGCAUGUUCAACAAAGUGUACACCGUAGUGUACAAAAACGAGAGCAGUGCGGAAAAACUGUUACAGAUUUUUAUGCGUAAAUGCGAAUUCUCCGGCGUUGUAUGCACGAUUUUCACAACUCGGCCAAAUGAAACCCUCCAGGAAGUCCCUGGUAAAUGUGUUAUCAUAGAUUACCUCUCAUCUAGUGCCGUUUUUGAAGACGUGGUUGAUGCAUUUCGCGAAGCAGGAGAAGUAAUCUAUGUGAAGAAAACCUAUCGCAAUAACACACCCACUGUAGUGUUUUUCCAAAACACGGUUUCAAUGAAAAGAGCUCAAAUCGUCACGAAAAUCGACGGCGACAAGGUAAAGGUCGUGCCAUACGGACAGGAGGCUUAUCGAAAGUAUACAACGGAGAACGCCGCUUUGAAGAAGGCGAGCGUGAGCUAUACGAAAAAACCUUUAAAAAACGUACGCAUGAUGGACAUUGAAAUGAAGGAACAAAAUGAGAAGUCUAAAUAUGUGAUCAUGAAAACAGUGUACAAUCCAAACUACGGCAAUCCGGAUCCAGAUAAAUAUGAAAACGAAGUUGUGAUCUACAACUGCCCAACACGAACAACUCUGAAGGACCUUCGGCGGCAUUUCAUCAACAUCGCCUUCGUAACCAACAUGCGCUUCGAGCAGAACCUAUUCGAUACCAACACAUGGAAGGUGUACGCUAGCUUUGGAUCCUUCAUGGAAGCCUUCAAUGCGGUACGAAUGAAGUCAAAUUUUCAGACAUAUCCUGUCUUCAAGCAUCUGGCAUCCGAGAAGCCGAAAUUGGAUACUUUGGAAUCUAUUCAGAUUGAAUGUGAAAUAGAUGAUAUUUCUGUAUCGAGAAUGCACCAAAGCCUGGUAAGUAUUGGUGCUAUAACGUUUGUGGAUAAAACGAGCCACAAAGAUUUUGUGGCAAUAUGUCGUGAAUCCAAAACUGCCAAAAAACUCGUACAAGUCAAGACACUGGCAAGAUCGCCUUGCAAAGUAACAAUGUAUCGUAAUCUUUUGAACGAUCAAAAUAAUGCAACUUUUGAAGAAUCUUCAAAGAAGCAAAAUAAACCGGGGAAUAUGACUGUACAACACGUAGCAAAAUCAGGCGGGGAUUUGCCAGUUCCGAUGAAUGAACUUCUUGCAAUGCAGAAAAAGAUCAUUGAUGACGACUUUGGUAAUCAUCGUAAAAACUCCAGAUUGGAUAACGAAUGGGAACAGGAAACCAGAACUGUGACUUACCGUCGCCAUUCGGUAGACAUGGAGCUCGCUGAUGACGAUGAUCUGAAUUCUCAAAAGAAUGUUCAAUUCAAUACCGGAAGCAUUGCUAUACGCAAUGAUCUGCAUAUACCCACCCGAGAAGAUGCACUGGUCUAUUCCAAUCCGCCUCCACCAAGUAUGGUGUCUCUUGGUAUGAUACCAUACGCACCUGGAUGGGCACCUGGCGGUCCAAUGCAUAUGCCUAUGAUGGUACCGGCUCCAAUAACGAGUGUUCCUCACGUAUCAGUGGUACCAACAGCUUACACUGAUACGAUCAGACCACCGGGUACGUUCAAUGAACAUUCCAUAAGAAGCUCAACAAGUAAAAUUAUUCAACCGGAUCCCCCUGGUCACAACCCGGUACCACUGCAAGGCGAUCUACGGGAUUAUCUGGCGGAAAAACGAAACAACACUAAACCUGGCAUAGAUGAUUUGGAUAGGCAGAUCGAUAACAUCAAAGCAAGUCAAUCUAAAUCACCUCGCGAAAUACAUCGUUUGGAAGAAUACAUACGCGAUAAAGAACGCGAAAUUGAACGUCGUCUACAUUUACUUGAUAAAAAAUUAGCCAAUAACUCUGGUAGGCGAAGCCGAUCCAGGUCUAGGAGUAAAGGGCCGCGCGCAAUGUCACCUGGCGAUGUGCGUUUCUAUAAUCGGUUGGAACAAAUAAAACAAGAAAAAAUUGCAACUUCGGACGCGUUAAAAACCCUAAGAAAAAAACGUAACCGAUACGAGAAAACUGCAAAUUUCGUCCAACUUUGUUCGCAGUUUUCAGCGUUGGAUCAGGAGUACAAACAAAUACAACAACAGUUGGUUGCGAAACAGCUUUGGUUGCAGGAACGUGAGCGUUCUUUGUCUCGUGAACGUCACGACAAGGAUAAUCGCGAAAAUUCUAGCAAACCAACGGAGAAGAGAGGUUCGCGGAGAACACGUUUUGCAAGUCGCAGUUCAUCGCGUGGAAGGCAUCGGUCUAUCAGCAGCGAAAGAGAUUACCGAGAUCGAAGAUCUCGCCCGUCACGAUGGGGCCGAUCUACAUCGCGGGAAUUCUCGAGAAAAAACAACCGUGGACGCAGUAGUUCACCAAAUCAUCGUCCGGUUUGCAACAGACGACCGGAAUCGCUAAUGCGUGAAAUGCGUCAGCUAGGAAGUCCGCGAGAAGGCAAAGCGGACCAUGCGGUAUUCAUCGGGAAUAUCGCGGUAGCCGUCAAAGAUGCAGAUUUGAAAGGUACUUUUGAGCGUUAUGGUAGGAUAACUUCCAUCGAUUUCAGCAUGCGUGAGAAAUACUGCGAAGUCUACAUCAAUUACCACCAGCGUGAAGAUGCAUUUAAAGCUCUUGAAAUGAAUGGUGUUAGGAUGUGUGGAAAGCGAUUGCGAGUUGCUCUGAACUGCAGAAAACCCGCCAACAGACAAGGUUAUUCAGUUAUCGUAGAGGUUCCUGGACAUAUCACUGAACGUGAACUGGAGCAGAAAUUUUCAACAUGCGGUGAUAUUGAGUUUAUCUGGCAUUAUGCUAAUUCUACUAUAGCUACCGUUACAUUUGGAAGACCUGAGUCUAUGCUCAAGGCCUUAGUUAUCCGAGAGCUGCAUAACCGAAUUCCGGUGAUUGUCCGUGAAUAUGUCGAGAGUGAAAGAUAAUCAUAAUCCUUAUUUCUGUAGAAAGUAAAGACUAUUUGUAAUUUCAAUAGAUACAGAAAUUACUACAAAUAAACUUGAAAAAAUGGUGAAAAAAAUCUAAUGCAGAAUUGAAACGGAAACGUAUAAUGUGUGAACUUUUGGCUUUUCGUUUCACUUGAACAUGUUGUAUGGGCAACUGUAACACGAUAUCGAUCUUUGUAAGUUUUGCCCUAACUAGGGACAGUGAUGCAAAAAAAUCACUUCAAGUUUCUCAUCUGCCAGAGUGAGAUUCCAUUUACAAUAAAUUCACUCAAAUAAUAAUCGUUGAAUAUGUAUGGAAUGAUCUUUAGGUGUGAAUGAAUAGCUCAUCACUUCCAUCCCUAAUGGACUCGUUCGCACAUUCAGUACCUAUACGUUUUUUUUUGUAAAAUUUCUACAUUUUUGUACCAGAACGUCAACAGGACCCCCGAAAUUCAAAACGAUAGAUAUCCUACCUGUAAAAAGGUAAUGUUUCGAUUAUCAUGCAAAUAAUUGAAUAUUCGUAGGAUAACCAAUUCUUAACGAUCGUCAACACGUCAUUUUUCUUGCACAUUUUCAUUUAAUGUUGUUUUUCAUCGUUACCUUUUAACUCAUUUGAGACUUACCUUACUUAUCAGUUCGAGGCACCUGUGACCUAUGAAGGAUCGAUGGUAAAGGGCUUAGGGAAAUUACAAUUCGCGACGCCUUAAUGUAUUCCAUCCAUUUAUUAUCAAAUCCGAUUUUACCUUUAAUAUAGACAGGCACACUAAAAGUAUUGGGGCCUAUUGAACGAAGGUGGGUGCAUUGGUCUGUUGCUAAGCGGAAGUUGUCCCCGAUAGCCACCUCUCAUAUUUGGCCCUGGGCCUCGCAUCAUGGGCCUCAUCGGCCGAUCUUGAGAGAACAUCAUAGGUUGAUGGAAGUUCAUUCUAGGACGAAAAUUCAUUCCAGGUGGAACAUUCAUUCCGUGUUGCAUGUGAGGUGCAUUAUAAUUUCUCCGUUGCUCACCCAUUACGCCAUGUGGGAAAUCCAUUUCAGUAGAAGAAUGACGCGUUCCAGGAUCUGAUUCAUCAUUGCUAGUGAGAUUUGGAAUCUCAGGUGGGCACUCGCUGUUAUCAAUCGCAUUUACAUCCGUCUCCUGAGAAUACCAAUUUGCCGCAAAGGCAUUGUCAGGGACCUUUUCUAUGGAUGUUUCAGUUCGAGCUUGUUUUUCUGGUGGAGGAAUAAUUUCAAGGUUCUGUGCUUCCUCGUAGGGGAACUCUUCUGUAAGACCAGACACGAUCUCAAGCAGUUUAUGUUGCUCUCGGAUCGAAAGCGAAAAGAAUGCCUCUUGCUGAGAAAAUUCACUUUUCAUAAGUUUUAAGGUUGUAAUUUGUUCGCUAAAUGGCAUUUUGUAGAAAUUUUUCAUCUUUUUCUUAACCAAAAAUAGUUUAUUCAACAGGUAAGCUUUUUGCUGUGGAGUGAAUUUAUCGAAAACGUGUCGUUCGUAUUCAAUCUGAUGAUACUCUGCCCGCAUUCUAGGUCUUAGCGUCGUUCUUAGUGCUUCUAUACUUACAUAUUCCUCUUCGAUAGAAAAAUUGUGGAAAAAUAGCGGGUCGUAAUCUACAAAAAAAAAGUUUCCAUGAUUAAUAGAAAUUUUGUGUCAUCAAUGUUUAAAAUUUUAGAAAGGUACCUUCUGAACAAGGAUUUACUUCAAAACCGCUUAAUGAAUUGAUUUGCUUAACAUUGAGCGCUUCUGUCAUGCUUUCUUGAUCUUUGAAGCAGACUAUAGCAGUAUACGGAGACUGUUUUUGUACAUAUUUGACCGGACCUAUGCCAUGAAAGGCAUCAUAAAUCUGCUCUGUAGUGAUCUGUGGAUUUAACUGCUCGAUGAAGAUCGAGCGACUGCGUUCUAUCUUCAAGACUUCCCUUGCCAUGUGCACUAAAAUCCGCUUCCCAUUCAACAUUCGUUGGUUGUACGUGCAAGCUAAAUCAGCUGCUAAGUCGAUGUUAAAUUUUAUAAAACAAAUCUUACUCAUAUCCUCUUUGAGCACGAUUCCUUGAUAGUCGACUAUGGUUCCGCAUUUUUCCAAUAAACCUUGAAUGUCAUCGAGCGAUGUAUCAACAGCCACAUUAUUGAUUUGUACUGCAAAGUAAAGUGGUAAUCAUUCUGCGAGCAACAGCAAACAUUAAUUGAUUAUUUGAAUACAAACCCGAGUUAUGAUUGAAGAAAGAUUUAAACAGAAACCCGUUUCCAUCAUUUUUUCGCGUCCGAAGUUGCAUAUCCUCACGUUGAUUUUCGAGAUAAAUACAGAAGCUGAGAUAUUUUUCUUUAUCUUUCCGGUAUUUCGAAUUCGCUAUACCUCGGCUUUCCGGUGCUUCCUUCGAAUCAAGUGGGGUCAAGUCAAGACCGUCUGCUUAGGCAAUGGUACCAUGGGUUAUGAGAACAUUUUCUGACAUUUUAUGUUCUACUUACCAACCAAUUUUACAGCUUCGUGGUUUAUUUGAUCGAUUGGACUUAUUGAUUUAGAUUUUUGUUUAUAUUUGACGAUGGUAUUCGCUCGAUCGUCAAAAGCAUCGAAACGUAGAAUAAAUUCAAUAUGAUAAAAAGGGGAAAUCGUUUGCCGUAUUUCGUUCGGAUGUUAAAACUAUAAAGGAAGCAGAAUGUAACAAACAUCAGCCAAUUAGUUAUAAUUUUAAGAUAUGAAAGGCAACAAAGUUAUUGCAAAAGCUUAUUUUGAAUAUGACAUAAAAUAAAAAAUACAUACAAGGACUAUGUGUUUUGAUAGUG